AUGACCUGCUCGUCGGUCCAAGUCCAGCCUUACCUACUCGAAGCCCUGGAAGAGAAAUUCACUCUCCACAAGCUCGACACCACCACCGAGCCGGACAAGGCGGCCCGGUUCCUGAGAACCCACAGGGACUCCAUCCGCGCCGUGGUCGGGACCGCAUUUGUAGGAGCCGACGCCGAGCUGAUCGACCAGCUGCCCAACUUGGAGAUUGUGUCCAGUUACAGCGUGGGAGUGGACAAGAUCGAUCUGGCGAAGUGUAAGGAGAAAGGGAUUAGGGUUACCAACUGCCCCGAUGUUUCCACCGACGACGUCGCCGAUCUGGCCUUGGGGCUCAUGCUGGCUGUGUCGAGGAGGCUCUGUCCCAUUGAUCGCUACGUUAGGAGUGGGUUGUGGAGCAAGCUUGGCGACUACAAGCUCACUACCAAGUUCUUCUCUAAACAGUUCAGCGGCAAGACCGUAGGGAUCAUCGGUCCGGGCAACAUCGGCAUGGCGAUCGCAAAGAGAGCGGAAGCAUUCGGCUGCCCGAUCAGCUACUUCUCCAGAUCCCAAAAACCCGCCUGCAUCAACUACAACUACUGCCCCACCGUCGUCGACCUAGCCGCCAACUGCGACAUCCUGGUGGUCGCCUGCGCCUUAACGCCCGACACCCGCCACAUCAUCAAUCGUGACGUCAUCGACGCGCUUGGCCCCGAGGGCGUCCUCGUCAACAUCGGGCGGGGCCCACAUGUCGACGAGGCGGAGCUGGUGUCGGCGCUGCUGGAAGGGCGGCUGGGUGGCGCUGGGCUGGACGUGUUCCAAGACGAGCCCAACGUGCCGGAAGAGCUGUUCAAGCUCGACAACGUGGUGCUAAUGCCGCAUGUAGGGAGUGCGACGGUCGAGGCCAGGAAGGCCAUGGCUGACCUUGUUGUUGGUAACUUAGAAGCUCAUUUCCUGAACAAGCCAUUGUUAACUCCAGUGGUCUGA